GGGGGGGUGUUGGUAUGGGGGUAGAUAGGUAUAAGUAUAAGUAGAGCUGUAGGUUACGCUUCUUAUUUCUCUUUCUCGCUGCCUCUGUCACUCUCUGGAUCGAACCAUUUUCCCCCUGCCAGUUCUUAAGUCUGAACCUAAUAAUCAUAUUCAUUCUUCUCGCUCCUUAGUUUCCACUAUUUUUUUCAUUCUUUUUUUUUCGCUAUCGUAGCAAACACGCUAACACUUAUCCACCACCUCAUCCCCACGCACAUCACCCACAAUCACAAACGACAAACACUCCCUGCCGUCCUUGUUCCAGUCCUAGCAACACCAAGAACAAACACUCCAAGAACGAUGCACCUCCCCCUCCCCCUCCCCCUCCCGCUCCUAAUAACAAUCACAACCAGCCUACUAUCAACCCCAGCAACAGCAUGGCACUGUCCCAAAAACGAACACACGCUCUACCGCGCCUCAUGCUGUGAUUCCGUCACGCAAGUCAAGAGAGGGAAGUUUGAUGGCACGGAUUGUACGUCCUUUCUUUCAUCCCUAUUCCCCCUACCCGUUUUCUCUUACGCUCUUCCUAUAUUUUUUAAAUGUCAAAUAAAGGGAAAAAAUGGAUUAUUCGAUGGUAGUUGAGAUGCUUGCUGACGGGGAGGGACACAAUAGGCUAUCAGCCGUUCCCGAUGAUUGCGAGGAAUGUGACGGUGAAGAAUGAGUAUACGUGUGUGUUUCAGGGGACGAGGUUUGGGUUUCCGGGGUGUUGUAAGGAUAAGAAGGGGAAUAUGUAUAAAUGCCAGCCGGUUGUGGGGUAGAACACAGCCUGGAAGCUUGGUGGAUUAUCUGGGCUUUGGGGUUAUGACUAGGAGAGUGGGUGUGUUUGGGAAGCUUGCAAGAAGACGAACGGAGAUAAGGCUGUGGAAGAAACUGAAGCAAACAAUGAGUGCCGACCAUGUUACCUCUUUUAGCCUUUUCAUACAUUUCCGAACAUGUUUGUUUUUCGGCUCGGCUGGGAAUGUCAAGAGCGGGAUAUAGGCAAGCUGCAUGAACGUGUUGCUGUCAAUGUCGCUGUGCUCUAUUUUUAGUUUGGUCCUCGUGUGUUCCAUGCAAUACAAAGCGUAUUCUCUUUUUUGAGGUUAGAGUCAUUAUUGACAUGCUUGAAAGCUUCGGUUGUUGGCUGGGUGUGUGGUGUUAAUGGUUAAUAUGUUGCCAUCAAGCUAUGUUGAUACUUUCAAGUUUCUGGGAAAGAUUAUAUCUUGAAUUGUUCUCAUACUUUGAGCACGCUUUUUGCUACCCACUGCUCGUUCUUGUUUGUCUUGAAACUUUUAUUUGUUAUUCCGAUUAUUGCUUCCUACGCAUACAGAAUUGGAUGAACUCUACUUUCUAGAUCACAAGCUUCAAGUAUUAUUCCAGAUCCACGUGCGAGAUGCACAUUCCCAUCGCAUUCUCCAUCCUCCUCUUUCUCACAAGCCGGACUGUCGCAUAUCCAGCAUCCUAUAUCCCAGCAGAUGCCACAGAAACUUUGGACGCCGACCCAGAGCCUCCAACACCAACUUACUACCAGCCGAUCAACACCGCCGUCAACUCCCCCUCACCACCACUCUACUACCCACCAGCUAGCACGCCAGCUCAAUCAUACACCAAUCCGGUGGUCUACACUACAAAUCCUUCAUAUUUACUGCCUUCGCCAACAACGACAUCAACAUCAUGGUCAUCAGACUGCACCGACCAAACCACAACACCACCCGCCUCUUCCCAAACACAAACACAAACCCUAACACUUACCACACCCCUCGUCAUCCUCCCUGCAUCUCCCUCCCUAUCUCCAUCUCCAUCUCCCUCUUCAACACCUCACCAACCCUGCCAUAAAUGCUGUCCACCUCCACCAGCUAAAGAUGACAACGGCCGAAAAGGUGACUGGGUAUCUGGACUUGGGGUUCUGCUUGCCGAAGAGUUGGUCGAGGGGGUACAAGAUAUGGUGGGGAGGGUGGAGGGGAGGUGUGGAUUACUUGGUGGGAGGGGACAUGAGGGAAAUGCGACGAUGGUUAUGGGGUGUAGCGUCUUUGCUGGAGGUGUAUAUUGUGCGUGGAGUUGGUAG